ACCAGUUCUUCGUCCGAUGGUCCUUCUCCCGGGUCUCUUCUGUUUAUCAUCCUUUACUGUGCCAAAGUUUUUUUUUUUUUUUUCAUCUUUAUUUUCUCUCUUGAAUGAACACCCCUAGGUGUGAGAAGGAGAAGAGCGCGAGAAAAAUGGUGGAAGAAAAACAAGAAAUUCGGGAUACGGGUGUUCCCACUACUGUCCCGGAUGCGCAGGACGAGGACGCCAACGUCACGAGCCAUGAGAAGGCCCAUCAGAAGAUCAUCAACGAUGCUCGGUUGGCUACGGAAAAGGAGCGUUCGAUGACGCUUAUGCAAGGUAUCCGACUCUACCCCAAGGCCAUCGCCUGGAGUGUGUUGAUCAGUGCCUGCAUUAUCAUGGAAGGAUAUGAUGUGGCUUUGAUUAACAACUUUUACGCCUUCCCCGAGUUCAAGAAAAAGUAUGGCGAGCAAUUACCUAGUGGUGACUGGGAAGUCCCGGCCGCAUGGCAAUCCGGACUGAGUAAUGGUGCAAAUAUCGGCGAGCUGAUCGGCCUACUCAUCAACGGCUGGUUCUCAGAGCGCUUUGGUUACCGAUGGACCGUCAUUGGCUGCCUUGUACUCAUAAAUGCUUGGACUGCUAUUUUCUUUACUGCGCAGAAUGUGCAGUCGUUGCUGGUCGCAGAGAUUCUGUGCGGUAUUCCAUGGGGAGUCUUCCAAACAUUGUGCAUCACAUAUGCCUCCGAGGUGUGCCCGGUAGCCAUGAGAGGCUACCUGACCACCUACGUCAACUUUUGCUGGGGUGCCGGUCAAGAAAUCGCCAUCGGCGUUCUACUCUCCAUGCUGAAGAGGAACGACGAAUGGUCGUACCGCAUCCCAUAUGCACUCCAAUGGAUGUGGCCCACGCCCUUGAUCAUUGGCAUUUACUUUGCCCCAGAGUCUCCUUGGUGGCUCGUCCGUCACAAGAAGAUCGACGAGGCCAAGAACUCACUGCUUAGACUGACAAGUCUCAACAAGGAAACUGAUUUCGAUGCGGAUGAGACACUCGCGAUGAUGGUUCACACCACGGCCCUCGAGGAAAAGACCACUGCAGGAGCUUCCUAUCUUGACUGCUUCAAGGGGCACGAUCUUCGGCGCACCGAGAUCGUCUGCAUGGUCUGGGCGAUUCAGAACCUCAGUGGUAACUCUUUCUCUAAUUACUCGACAUACUUCCUGACCCAGGCUGGCCUUGACUCCAACGCCUCGUAUAGCUUUGCACUUGGACAAUAUGCAAUGAACAUGGUUGGUGUUUUCGGUGCCUGGUGGCUUAUGAGUCUUGGAAUUGGACGCAGGACUCUAUACCUUUACGGACUAUGCGGCCUGUGCUCGAUGCUCAUGAUCCUUGGUUUUCUUGGUCUCGUACCCGAAGAACAUCGAAGGGCGGGUGCGAUCGCUACCGGCAGCAUCAUGCUUUGCUGGGCGCUCGUGUAUCAGCUCACCGUUGGUACAGUCUGCUACUCGCUCGUUGCCGAGAUCUCCACACGUAGACUCCAAAUCAAGACUGUGGUGCUCGGGAGGUGCCUCUACAUCAUCGUGGGCAUCAUCACCAGUGUCCUUACACCUUAUAUGCUGAACCCGGGUGAAUGGAACUGGAGCAACUAUGCCGGCUUCUUCUGGGGCGGCAUUUGCUUCUGCUGCAUCGUAUACACGUACUUCCGUGUGCCGGAACCGACCGGUCGCAGCUUUGCCGAGCUCGACUUGCUCUUCCAGAAGGGCAUCAGCGCGAGGAAGUUCCAGUCGACUGAGGUCGACGUUUUCGACGCCGACGUCGACGGGGCGCUGAUGGACAAACACAAGAAACAGCAGUUGGGUACCGCUCACCAUGUCGAAAAGACUGCCUGAUUGGGGCUAUUCUGGGGACAACCGCCACAAGGGAUAGGGAUUUCCCAAGGCGAUUGAUCUUUUUGCUUACCAUUAUUCUUUUGUCAUAAUUCAAGGAGGAUCCGAUAAGCGAGCCGAGCCGUGACGAAAAGAAGAAGAAAAAAAAAACAAUGAUAUACGAGGCGAGUAAUCUGAAAAAAAAGGGGGGUUGACGCAAUCCCCGACCUCGA